AUGACCAGUCCAAACGGACUUCACAACACCGCGCAGCCAAACAGGACCAACUCCGGGGGGAUAGAACUGAUGGAAAUAACGAAAGAGGAUCACGAAAUUCAGAAAUAUAAAAAUAAGUUGCACAAGAAAAUAUGGAUAUGUCUUAAACGGAACAACGAAAAGGAGUUUGAAAAAUUACACAACGAAUUGAGCAUGUACCAUUUGAAGGAUGAAGUAUCCUACUCCAUUCUGCUCCAUGGAAAGCUCAUCAUAUCGAAUGGAGGGGAUAUAAAGGAGUGCUUCAAGCUUCUGGACGAAAUGAAACAAAACAAGGUGCAUCACUCACUAGUACGUUUAAAUGAAAGGCUGCUUUGCAGCUACUGUGAAUUGGCUAAGUUGAAUGCGAAACCGAGAACCAAACAGUGGAUAAAAAUAUUGAGGACGGUUUGGUUCACCUCUGCUUUGAUUAAGGCGAGGAGACAGAAGUUCAUUAUACGCAAUUUGACUCGAAUGAAGAAAAUGAGAGGAGAUGACAACUCUGCUUUGCUUGGCAAUUUUAACAGCAUGUUUAAUAUCCACAGCUUGCAGUCGCUGUAUGUGGAGGGUAGGGAUCCCCUCCUC